CAUUCAGUAAUCAAUAUCGAUCAUAACAACGGUUGAUUGUUCUGAUCGAUACUCCCUAAACAGGAAAAUGUGGGGUUUAAAAAGUUUGAUCGUUUUCGGGAUAGUAAGUGUCGUAUUGUCGGAUCCAUCGGCUGUGGAUGUAGCGCAGGAUAUUUACAAGUCCUGUUUGCAACAUUUUUCUGUUAGUUGCGCUAAACCGAAAGCGCUUUUGUGGUGGAAUAAUGUUUCCAACAAGGGUUCGAUCAAAUUGACUGAGGAUUUAAUUCUACUCAAAAAUGGGCAUCAUGAACAGGUUCGCGGAUUUGAAAAUGAAAAUAUUUUGGAUCGAUUCGACAACUUCCUGCAAGGAUACAAUUUGCUGGCUAAGGUUCCGUCUGUCCUCAAAUCAGACGGACCAUUAACGAGUAUGGUACCCAGAAGCUUCGUUGAAGCGGAACCCAUCCAGGUACCUUUGUCAGCGACAGGCCGUUCUUCAAAAAUUGUCAAGAAAGUGAUCUUCCCAUUUCUGCUGGGACUUAAAUUCAACACUGCCGUUCUUGUGCCUUUGGCCUUAGUCUUAAUUGCCCUGAAGACCUGGAAAGCCUUAACAUUGGGACUUAUUUCUGUGGUUCUAACUGGUGCCGUGGCAAUUUUCUCCAAAUUCGUCAAACCACCCCAAUAUGAAGUGGUACACUACCCCCACUUGGACUCUCACCAUAUAGAUUUCAUCACACCCCAGUUGGUACCUCAACCCGUUCCAGUGGUGGCACCAGCCCCCGUUUACGGAUCGCCAAUUUACCGACACAAAAGGGACGCCGCUGCCCAACUUGCCUACAGAGGGCAAAAUUAACCACAAGACUCUUCAACUCAGAUUUGAGCGCUCACUUUUAAUUUAUUGUUAUUUAUUUUUCUGUUAAUUUCAAAUAAAAAAUCGCAACGU